UAAACUCAAGUCUCAACCCGUUUUAUUUAUUAUUCUUGAUCAAAAUUUCUGGAAAAAUCCCAUAAAUCAAUCAACAACCCAAAAUCACACUCCAACCAUGCCGAAGAAAAUGGGCGUAAACAGCAAAGCUGAGGAGGCCAAGGCACGAAAAGCCGCUGCAGAAGCCGAGAAGAAAGACAAAGUAGCCAAACAAAAGGAAGACAGUUACUGGCGAGAAGCCGAAGGACCCAAAUCUAAAGCCGCCAAAAAACGAGAGGAGGAUGAACAAAAACGCGCUGAAGCCGCCGCUAAGAAAGCCGAAGCGCGCCGGUUAGCCGAGCAAGAAGAGAAGGAACUUCAAAAAUCACUUAACAAACCCGAUAAGAAAGCGAACCGGGUUAUGGGUGCAGUGGUGCCAAAGGUAACCGAAGCGGAGCUCCGAAGAAGGAAGGAGAAAGAAGAGGAAGAGUUGAAGAUUAAGGCGGAGGAGGCGAAGAAGAAACAAAGUAGAAUGGCUGAAGAACAAGAGUAUGAGAAGAUUGUAUUGAUUGAAAAUAAGAAUAGAGAUGAUGAUGUGAUUGAAGCUCACAGUGUUGAAGAAGCUCUUGCUCAAAUUUCGAUUAAUGAGAGUUUGCCUGUUGAUAAACAUCCUGAAAAGAGACUUAAGGCUUCUUUUAAGGCUUUUGAAGAAGCUGAAUUACUAAGGCUGAAGGCAGAGAAACCAGGUUUGACUCACACCCAAUAUAAGGAAAUGAUAUGGAAAUUGUGGAAGAAAUCGCCUGACAACCCUCUCAAUAGAGUUGCCGAGGCUUGAUGUAUUGAACAGAUUAUCUAAGAAAUACUUUCAAAAGUUGCGGCCAAUAUAUUCUGGUACAAGUUCAUAUAUACCCAAACCUUAUUCGCAAAGUGAUCAUCUCAACUAAAAACGAGCUCGAGUAAUAAAAUAAUGCUUGCGUUCUUGUAAGAAUUCUGUAUGUGCAGUAGCUGAAAAUAUCUUUGUAAUUAAUAGCAAGUUUAAUAAUUAUUAAAAAAAAAUAGCAAGUUUAAUAUGAAGGCUUAAUGUUAUUGCGAUCUAAUUUCUUUGGAACUUGGAAGUAUCAAAAUGAUUGUUACAUGCUUUCAGUUUCUGAGUAUUAUAUGAGGGUUGACUUUGCCUUUUAUAGUCGACCACCAUUAAUGUUUAACCUCAGGCAUUGAUGUAAUAUUUAUGGCAUCUUUUAUUA